AUGGCAGAGGAGCAAGGACGAGGGCCGCCUUCUAUACACAGAGAAGACCUGUCCAUCCACCACCGAGAAGACGAAGCUCGUCACCGACUCCCCCCCGUAGGAGCACCCGAAGACCCCAGAUACUCCGACGACAGACACCAGAGACCCAACAUGGCCGCACCAGUGACACUCCCCUCCAUUCAGGAUCCUCACGGAGCGUACGGUCAGCCCGCGUACCCGAGAUCAUACCCUCCCGAUCCUCGAGGUGACCCGCGCGCCAGCAACUACAGCGCAUCGCCCAAUUCCGUGAACGGCUACCCGCCUCCGCAACCGGGCGGCCACCCCCCUCAAUUGCCGCCGUUGCAGCCCCCGGGAGACCCAAGAUCCCCCACUUACCCUCCCCCGCCAGACGCGAGGGACGACUACUAUAGGAGCCGCCAGCCCCCUCCGCCUCAGUACGGCGGCGAUCCCUACUACCAAGACUACCACAACCGCCAAGGGCCCCCUCCUCCUGGUCGCUACCCCGAUUACCCUCCUCCUGGCCCAGGUGGGCCGCGGUACGACUAUCCGCCGGGCGCGCCGCGAUACGACUACGGCCCGGGAGGUCCUGCCAUGCAGCAAGCAGCGCCUCGUCAGCGCACAUCCAUUGCUUGCAGAUACUGCAGGAAGAGAAAGAUCCGAUGCAGUGGCUACCAAAGCGCCCCAGGGGGGAAGUGCGUCAACUGCAGUAGAAUGAACCAGGAAUGCAUAUUCCAACCUGUGUCUUCGUCCAGCUCGACGGCCUUCGUCCCCGUAUCUGCGAUACAAGGUGGCGUUCCACCGGGCACGCCGCUCUAUGGAGCCUACGGACAGCCAUUGCCUCCAGGCUCACUGCCCCCGCCACCCGCUCAGGGCUACCCCCCUCAACCCGGCAAUGGGUACUACCAACAGCCUCUGCCAUCCCCCACGGGUGGCUACUCGCCAUACGAUGCGCAACGCGCAGGAAGACGGCGGCCGAGAGACGAUGAUGUCGACGAACUCAGACCACCGCCGCCUGACCCAAAUUCAUCAGACGAUCCUCGACGUCGUUCGCCGGCCUCGAGCUCGAACCACAGCAGUCCAGGCGGCUACAUGGCCUACCCACCUGCUGGGCCCGGUGGAUACGAUCCAAGAGGACCCCAGGCAAGACACAGCCCCGGACAAUCGACGGCCGUAGCUCCAACGCAAACUGUAGACGAGCGAGCCGCAGCCGCAACACAUCGGCAGAGCAACUCCUCAACCCCCGCAGCAUCAUCUAGCUCGGUAAUGAGCCUCAACAACUUAGUGGAUACGAACCCCAACGACAUUGAUAGGAACAUGCUUGGAAGAUUGAACCGAGGCCCUCCGGGAAGCCAGAGGAAGUAA